ACUUACCCAUUCCAUUCAUGCCUCACGAGGGACCCAGCUCCCAAGUCAAAGUUCUGGCGCACCCCAGGGAAGAGAUUAUGAAGCGGCCAUGAAGCAAGAAGUCGAAAGACUACGAAAACUUCACCCCACAGUCGAUGACAUCCCCAGCUGCAUGAAGCUCCUUGAGACUUUCACUCAUUGCAACAUGCUCAACUCUCAGAUAAGAGCCCUAUACAGAUUCGGGGAGAUGAACGAUUGUAAACAGAAAUGGGAAGACGUCAAAUUCUGUUGGACUUUGAAGGCACAGACACCGGAGGAAAGAAGGGAGUCAUGGAUACAGCAUCGUGCCGAAUGGUGGGCAUCUAGAAGGGUUGGUAGAAGUAGUGAGGACAUUUGGGAAAUACGAACAGAACCCCUUCAGAGGUCAAACUAAUCAAAUACACUUUUCAUCGUUUCCGUAACGGUUUUAAUUUCCAACGUGGUCUGUCGUUAGAUCAU